UUUGUUUUCCAAGUUGAAGAACUAAUAGUGAUUAGUGAAAGGGGUUUAGGGUUUAUACCGGAGCUGAUACCGAGAAUCGACCAAUUCCAGCGAUGGAGUCUAGACCCACCCAUCGUAAGUCGGAUCCAAAUUUAAACCCGGAGACGAAUUCCGUCGGUCCUCCAUCUGCUCUGACCUAUCUCGAUCCUCACUACUGGGACGAGAGGUUCUCGUCCGAGGAACACUAUGAAUGGUUCAAGGACUACUCUCAUUUCCAGCAUCUCAUCAAUGCCAACAUCAAACCCUCUUCUUCCGUCUUGGAAUUGGGAUGUGGGAACUCUCUGUUGUGUGAAGAGCUGUACAAGGAUGGGAUUGUUGAUAUUACGUGCAUUGAUUUAUCUUCGGUUGCCGUAGAGAAGAUGCAGAGCCGAGUGGUGUCGAAAGGGUACAAAGAAAUAAAAGUGGUGCAAGCUGACAUGCUAGACCUCCCAUUCAACAGCGAGUGUUUUGAUGUGGUUAUUGAGAAAGGGACCAUGGAUGUGCUGUUUGUGGAUGCUGGUGAUCCAUGGAAUCCCCGUCAAGAAACUGUAAGCAAAGUCAUGGCAACUCUCGAAGGAGUUCACCGGGUUUUGAAACCAGACGGGAUUUUCAUUUCCAUUACCUUUGGCCAGCCGCAUUUCAGACGUCCUUUGUUUAUGGAUCCCAAGUUUAAUUGGUCCAUGGAGUACAGCACUUUUGGUGAUGGGUUCCAUUAUUUCUUCUAUAUUUUAAGAAAGGGAAAGAGACGUGAUGAAGAGAAAGAAGAAGAUGAGAAAUGCAAUGAUCCAUCAAUAUCCAUGUAUCAAGAUGAACUUGAAGGCGAAGACUACCUCUUCCGAACACACAUCGAUGAUGACGAGGAUUAGGACUAGAGCAACGUGAGAUUAGUUGCUGUGUAAUGUUUUAUUUUGUAAUUUUUAGAAUCAGCCUUGGUGGUUUUUUGGACAAAGUAAAGGAUGAAACCAAAGAAAUGGAGUUGAACCACUUUUCUUCCGUAACAUACAGUUAACUAGUACAUGUCAUGGACGUGUGGGGGUUAAUAAAUAAACUCUGUGUCUGAAAUUAUAAGUUGCUUUUUCGG